AUGCAGGCUGUCAAGAAGGUGAAGGACAUGGCAAGCACCGCCAAGGAGAAGCUAAAGGAGCACGAAGUCAAGGGCGAGGAGAAGGUUGAGAAGGCCGCUGCUAGGACCAAGGAGGAGAAGGUGGCAGCGGAGGAGCGGGCCAAGGCCAAGAAGGCCGAGGCCAAGAUGAAAAUGCACCAGGAGAAGGCCCAGCAUAGCGACGACGCCGCUGCACAUCACGGCUCCCACUUGCUCCAUGGCGGCCAUCACCACCUGCCAAUCGGCGCCGCCACUCCGACUCCUCCGGGAGUAGCCGUGCCGACCUUCCCGGUUUCCAGCGUCCGACCUGCAGCCACCAAGUACUAG